CUUUAUCAUCCCCGCAGCAAUAAAGGAAAAAAUGAAAAAAUUUCGGUACUUUUUAUUUCUUUUUCUCUCAUUAACUUCAAUAGUUCAUGGAUGUGGUAUGAGUGUACAUAUUGAAGUGACAAAAAGAGCGAUGUACACUUUUUACAAUACAAAAUCCAAAUAUAAUAAAUAUGCUGAAUACAUUCACAAUUCUCCUGAAUUUGUUCAGGCUGGUUCUUUUUUUCCAGAUUGGGGGUUUAAAUGUAUGGGAAACGAUGAAGUUUCCGAAGAAGCCCACUGGCCUCCUUUUAUGAGAGUUGGUGCAGAAUAUAUGCGCGAAAAAUAUAAUAAUGCAACCUUGGAACAUGAUCAUGUAGCGCAGGGAACAAUAGCGUUUAUAUUUGCAAUUGUCUCUCAUGGAGUAGCAGAUGUAACUUGGCAUAGUAUAAAAAUGAAUUCUGGUUUCAUACGUGCAAUGGCGGAUUUGAAUUUUAUGAAUGACUUUGGUGAAGCACAUGAUGUAGCUGAUACUGGAGGAGAAUUUACAUUAUCUCAUAUGUCAGAUUUGGACUAUUUGGUGGAUAAAUGGAGUUUUCCAAUUGAUGAUUUGGUAGAAAUUUAUCGACGUAUGAAUCGAACAGUCGAUGGAAAGCAAAUAAUAGGUUGCGCAAGAAGAGCGUUUGCUGCGGCUCAAGCAAACAAACGUUUUGGAAAACAUUUUUUCUCGGUUUACGGUGAAAAGUCACCAUUUUUAAUUGAACAAUCCGAAUUGUACCAUAAAGGAGGUUUCAACAAUAUGGCUGCAGACGUAGCCGAUUGUUGGCAUGAAUUAGUGAAAUGGUUCGAGUUUGGGUCAACCAAUAAUAUUGAAUUAUGUAAUACGUUUCGAAUGGUAUCUGGAACACUUCCAAAAAAUAGAUAUCAACCUUCAUCAAAUGACUUGGUAAAUUUAUUAUAUAAAUAUUCCGUGGAAAUUUUGAAGACUAUAGGAUAUAAUAUAAGAUAUCACGAAAAAAAUGGUAUCGGUACUUUUGAAAUACACCGAGAAUUAUUAAGAGAUCCAAUUACAAAUGAACCUUUUAUUGAAUUACAAGAUGAUUCUUCUGAAGAAGAGGAAAGUGUAAAAGUGGAAAAAUAUGGAUUCGAUCAAAUAUUUCAAGAUGUUCCAACAAAUUAUGAACAAAUACCCUUAUCUUCAAAUAAAGACUCGUAUAAUUUACUUUCAUCUAAUAUGAUUAAUGAAACCCCAUUCAAUACAAAAUGUAAUUUAGUACCAGAUAAUCCAAUAACGUUGAAUAUUCCUUAUUCUUAUGCUCAAUUCGGUCACGAUAUGGUACUUGGAGAUUUUAAUGGAGAUGGAAUUCAGGAUUUAGCAAUUAGUGCACCAUUUUACUCAAAUAUACAAGAAAUACCACAAACCGGGGCAAUAUUUAUAAUAAAUGGUAAAAAAUCAAGUUCUUUUAAAGUUCCAGAAUCAACAAAUAUUCUUGAUAUAGCAGAUAAAAUAAUAUAUGCGUAUAAUCUACAUGACGAAAAUAAUAAUGACCCACAAUCGAGAUUCGGGUGGUCAAUGAGUGUAGUAGAUUUGAAUAAAGAUGGUAUAGAUGAUUUAGCAGUUUCUGCUCCAUCAUUUGGUGCAAAAAAAUAUAUUUAUAGUGGGAAAGUUUAUGUUUAUUUUGGAAAAAAGAAUGAAGGCCUAAAAGAAAAUAAAGCAGAUUUAGAGAUUUAUUCAGAACAAGAUGUAUUAGAAAGCGAUUGGCAAAUUGAAGCAUUGGGACAAUAUUUAAGUUCCGGUGAUGUAGAUGGCGAUGGUUUUGAUGAUUUAUUAAUUGGAUGUCCAUAUUGUGGAAUUUAUGGUAAAUCGAGAACGUUUCGUUUAUUGCACACUGGCGGCGUGUUUGCUUUCUUAAGUUCUAGUGACCAUAAAGGAAAUGUAACUAUCUUUGAUUAUGAUUGGUCAAUAAUAAGUCCAGGUGAUCAACAGUAUGAAUGGUUUGGAUAUUCAAUAAAUUAUUUUAAAUUAGAAUCUAUGCAAAAUCCUAUUAUAAUUGUUGGAGCUCCAGGAUAUGAUGAUCAUUUAAAAGCACAGAUGAGUGGUAGAAUUUAUGGAUUCGAAAUAAUUGAUAAAAAUCCUGUAAAAGUGUUUGAUUUAAGUGGAAUAGAAAAAUUUCAGGAGUUUGGGAGUUCAAUUAUCACGGGAGAUUUUCAUGAGAAUGGCAAAAAAUUACUUCUUGUCGCUUCUAAAUCUGAGACACAUGAGAAAAAAUUUCCUUUUUAUAACAAAGAUUGGCAAGCAGGAGCAAUAAGAUUAAUUGAUAUGCAAUACUUAAAAGAAAAUAAAAGGUUAUCUGAUCAUGAUAUGAUCUUGGGAAAAGGACUUUUAGCAUUAUUACAUGGAUCGGAGAGUUUUUCACAUCUUGGCAGUUCACUAUUAUGGGAUGACGAUGAAAAAUCAUUUUGGUCUUCUGAACCUUUUACUUAUUGGGAAUCAGGGCAAAUUUUAAAAUAUUCAGUUAGAUCUUUAUUCGAUUCAUCACAAGCAGUAUCACAAGAAAGUAUAGUUUCAGAUGAAUGCUUAGUUGGAAGGGAACGUCAAGCUAGAUUUGGACAUAAAAUAAUUAAAUUUGACUUUGAUGGUGAUGGUAAAAAAGAUUUGGUAGUGAGUUCUGAACAUUCAAAUCAUGCUGCAAGAUUGAGCGGAAGCGUUACAAUAAUUUUAAAAUAAUUUCACUGCUCAGAUUCAAAAACAAUUUUUAUCAAUAUCCUGUACCAUAAUGUAUUUUAUAUUAUUAUUUAAAUAAUAGAUUUCAUUUGAAUUUGAUGUUAAAAAUACACUUCACUCAAACUGAAGACAAUAUUCUUAUUUAUCCUUGAGUACUUAUUUACAAGGUCAUUUUCAUUGAGAUUGGACAAUUACAAAGGCAUUAAUGAGAUUCAAUCAAAAAAAAUUGUGUCUUCAAUUAUUUAGAUCAAUUUAGAUCAAUUUAGAUAAUGCAUAUUUAUAAACAUUUUUGUAUUCUUGAACAAUAAUAUCGUAUUUUAUAUUUAUUUUACAUCCUUCAAAUAAUUCAAUUGUGAUAUUUUAUUUAUUUCAUUAAAGAAUUUUAGAAAGUUGAAGAUUCUAAUAAUUUAUGGAUAUUGUAAGAUGUUGUAAAUACCAUAAUAUUUAUCAUACGGCUAAUACAGGUCAUGCUUUACAUGGAUUAAU